UGCUGACUACAUUUUAUACCAAGUUCACCUGAAAAGAUUCGGACUCAUCCCAUGGCUGUGCUAGACUAGUGUGACUGCCAGAACUCAAAUGUUCGUAUUAGACUGAACUUUACCACCACAGAUGUAAAAUCCAUAGAAUUUAAACAGUUGACAGGGCAAGUAAAAGUGAGAUUUAUUAAAUAAUAUCAUAAUGUUUCUGGGUAAAAGGCCUUUUCUUCUUUUUGAGAAUUUGUAAUAUCUGUCACAUUUUCACUUCAUGUAUGUUUUAAUCAGAGAAGCAUGAUCAGUGGGGACUGUUACAUAUACACAUUAUAUAUAAAAAAACAAAAGCUGAGUGGUCUAAAAAUUUAAAUUUAGUUAAAUUAUAGCUCCAAAUAUAUCGUUUUAUUACAAAAUGUCGGGUCUUGUGCCAAUUGGCUUGACCAUAAUUUAGUCAAGUUAUCUUCCAUCUUUUCCCAAAACUUCAAACUUUAUUUGUCACAAUCAAACUAUAACAAUCUGUUGGGCCUUGGUCAAUCUACCCCAGGGCCUCUAGUACUACACAUCUGACAAUUGCUCCUAUGCCGUUCCUGUUUCAUUGUUUAUAAUAAUAACUGUAUUUAAUAAUGAAUUCCUCAGGACACUGCUUAAUUAAGAAGCAUAUGUUACUAAUGAAUACUUCAUUGCACAAGGGUCAAAUGUCCUGGGAUACUUUUAGUUCGUUAGGGCCUUGUGCUUCUCUAAGCUUUCUCUCUGUUCAUGUUUGAUUUAGCGGGUGUUGAAAGACAGCUGCUACCGGGAAUGAGACAAGAUGUUUGUUACGUUUCUAUUUGUAUCAAGACGUGUGAACUGAUUGAAGCUUUUAUUAGAGAGUUUGCAUAUGACAAUAACAUAAAAUCUUAUUGUCAUAUGCAAAAGAAUGAAAGGAGUGACCACUCCUUGAAAUUAAUUACCUUGGAUACUCCAAGUCCCACCACACUCCCAGAAAACAUUGGCUUCAUUUAUGGGUCUCAGUUUUUGUUUUUGUUUUGUUAAAUCCAUCCAUGUCUUUUCAAUUAGACACAGUAAAAGGCCCCAUAGUUCCAAAAAAGUGCUCUUUGGAACAGGGCCAGUUCAUUGCUAGGAGAUACCCAAGAACUAAAGUAUUGAGAGAGGGGGGGUUUAGGGCCAGGCUAUUAAUUAUUGAGCCAAUGAAGGGGCUGGCCAUAGUUGAACUUGCUAAAUCUGGGACUGGGAGAAAAGCAGCCAUACCGCAGUCACGCUGGAGCUGAGGGGAACUAGACCACUUCAAGAGGGGUAUCUAUGAGAUUGAUCUCAUCCAGUUGGUAGUGCUUUGAGCAACAUUUGGCGUUGCCUAACUGAACUGACUGCUAACAGAAGUCAAGAUGUUUGCGGUGCACUUGCUCUCGUUCUAUUUCUCCAAGCUGCAGGAGGACCAGAUCAAGAAGGUGGACCGCUUCCUGUAUGCCAUGCGGCUCUCUGAUGAACAGCUAAUGGAUAUUUCCGCUCGCUUUCACGCGGAGAUGGAAAAAGGCCUGUCCAGUGAAAGCAACGCCACAGCGGCAGUGAAGAUGCUGCCCACGCAUGUCUUCUCAACCCCUGACGGAUCAGAGGAGGGGGAGUUCCUGGCCUUGGAUCUGGGUGGCUCCAAGUUCAAAGUGCUCCGGGUGAAGGUGUCUGACAAUGGGAAGAGGUCGGUGGAGAUGGAGAGCGAGACCUACCCUAUCCCAGAUGAAGUCAUGAAUGGUCGUGGGACAGACCUGUUUGUCCAUGUCGCUGAGUCUCUGAAAGACUUCAUACAAAGGAAGCACAUCAACCAGAAGAGAAAACCUUUGGGCUUUACCUUUUCCUUCCCUUGUGGACAGUCCAAAGUUGAUGAGGGAGUGCUGUUGUCAUGGUCCAAGAACUACAAGGCCAGAGGUGUCGUUGGGACCAAUGUGGUGGAGUCCCUGAGACAUGCUAUCGACAGUGUUGGGGAAGUGGACGUAGACGUCCUGGCCCUUGUUAAUGACACAGUAGGGACCAUGAUGACCUGUGGCUACGACGACCAGCAUUGUGAAGUGGGGGUCAUCGUAGGCACAGGUACUAACGCCUGUUACAUGGAGGAGAUGAGACAUAUCGACCUGGUGGAGGGAGACGAGGGCAGGAUGUGUAUCAACACUGAGUGGGGGGCCUUCGGGGACGAUGGGGCGCUCGAUGACUUCAUCACGCAAUUUGACCGAGAGAUUGACGCCGCCUCCACCAACCCUGGGAAGCAACUGUUUGAGAAGAUGGUGAGUGGGAUGUACAUGGGGGAGAUGGUGAGACUCAUUCUGUUGAAGAUGGCCAAGGAGGGACUACUGUUUGACGGCAAAGUUUCAGACGCUCUACGCACCAAAGGGAAAUUUCACACCAAACACAUCACUUUAAUCGAACAGUACAAAGAAGGGCUUAAGAACACCAAGGACAUCCUGUUGGAGCUUGGCCUGUCGCCCUCAGAAGAUGACUGCGUCGCCGUCCAACACGUCUGCACCAUCGUGUCCUUCAGGUCAGCCAACCUCUGUGCUGCGGCACUGGCUGCCGUACUCAACCGCGUCCGGCGGAGCAGGAAGCUGAAGAGGCUACGGAUCACCGUCGGGGUCGACGGGACCGUGUACCGAAUGCACCCGCAAUAUCCCAAGAGGCUGCACAAGGUGGUGCGUCGGUUGGUGCCCGAGUGCCACGUGCGCUUUGUGCUGUCGGAGAGUGGCAGCAGCAAGGGGGCUGCCAUGGUAACAGCGGUGGCUCAGAGACGGGCGGCCCAGAGGAAGGAGAUUGACGACACGCUGGCACUCCUCAGCCUGAGCCCGGAGAACCUGCAGCAGGUCAGGGACCAGAUGAGAGUGGAGCUGGAGAGGGGCCUUAGGAAGGAUUCCCACAGCACGGCCUGUGUUAAAAUGCUGCCCUCCUUCGUGUACAGAACACCCAACGGGACAGAGCGAGGAAAGUUCUUGGCUCUGGACCUGGGAGGAACUAACUUCCGGGUGCUGGUGGUGAAGAUCCGGAGUGGAAUAAGGAAGUCUGUCCGCAUGUACAACAAGAUCUACUCCAUCCCGCUGGAGAUCAUGCAAGGUACAGGAGAGGAGCUCUUCGACCACAUUGUUCAGUGCAUCUCGGAUUUCCUUGACUACAUGGGGAUGAAGAAUACCCGUCUUCCGCUUGGUUUCACAUUCUCUUUCCCCUGCAGACAGACUGGAAUCGAUAAGGGAAGUUUGGUUAGCUGGACCAAGGGGUUCAAAGCUACGGACUGUGAAGGAAAUGAUGUUGUAGACAUGCUGCGAGAGGCUAUCAAAAGGAGGAAUGAAUUUGAUCUUGACAUUGUUGCUGUGGUGAAUGACACAGUGGGUACAAUGAUGACAUGUGCAUAUGAAGACCCCAAGUGUGAAAUAGGACUCAUAGCUGGGACGGGAAGUAAUGUGUGUUACAUGGAGGAGAUGAGGAACAUUGAGACGGUGGAGGGAGACGAGGGAAGGAUGUGUAUCAACACCGAGUGGGGGGGUUUUGGGGAGAAUGACUGCAUGGAGAACAUUCGGACCAGGUUUGACAGAGAAGUGGACGAGGGCUCACUGAACAAGGGCAAACAGAGGUUUGAGAAGAUGACCAGUGGCAUGUACCUAGGAGAGAUCGUGAGGCAGAUCCUUAUUGACCUAACCAGUCGAGGCCUUCUAUUCCGAGGCCGCAUCACAGAGCCUCUAAAAACCAGGGGGAUCUUUGAAACCAAGUUCCUGUCCCAGAUUGAGAGCGACAGAUUGGCACUGCUUCAGGUGAGGUCCAUCCUGCAACACCUGGGUCUGGACAGCACGUGUGACGACAGCAUCAUCGUCAAGGAGGUGUGUGGCGUCGUGUCUCGCCGGGCGGCUCAGCUCUGUGGGGCCGGAAUGGCCGCUGUCGUCGAUAAAAUCCGGGAGAACCGCGGGCUGAGCCACCUGCAAAUCACUGUGGGGGUGGACGGAACACUCUACAAACUGCAUCCACAUUUCUCAGGAAUCCUCCAGAACACAGUCAAGACUCUGGCACCAGAGUGCGAUGUGGAGUUUGUCCUAUCAGAGGAUGGCAGUGGGAAAGGGGCUGCUCUCAUUACAGCUGUGGCACGUAGACAGAAGACCAAGAGGAACGGGUUGGGUUCUAAUUGAGAACGGCCGGUACCGGGUGCCAGGCUAGGACAGUAGUGGGCGUUGCCCAGAGCCGAGGGGGAGUUGGCGGAAUGGAAUGGAUCUGACUGGAAUGUCAUAACAACACUAUUCAACAUUGUGAUUAUCUGGUGGGUGAAGACUGAAGGAGUGAAGCCUUAUCACAUUGUAUUACAAUGCUUUUUUAAUUUAUUAAAUCACCAGGACCAAUUCCACUGAAAAUGUACUAAUUUGUAUAUCUUUAAAAAAAAAUUAAAAUGCAUUCAAUAAAAAAAGAAU